CCUUCUCCUGGAAGCCGUCGUCUCCCCAGUUCCGUUCCCCGCCUAGACCCCCAAAACCCCAACCAUUCCGCCGCGCGUGCUCCGGUCGCCCUAGUGCCCCUACCCAUCGGUGGCGCGGCCGACCGCCGGCCCCGUUCAAUGGGGAAGCGGCCGCCGGUCGUCGUCCUCUCCUCUUCUUCCGACGAGGAUGAAGGCGGGGGCCGCCGCGCUGCCACCCGCGGCCCGUCGGCGCGGAGGGCAAGGACUCCUGCGACGGCGCCCGCGCCGGCGCAUGCAGCGAGCGGCCCGAGGAAGAAGCCGCGGCGCGUGAGUAGCGCGGAGAGGGGCCGCCGUCGCGCUACGGGCGCCGCACCGUCCGGCUCCCUGAAGGAAAGACCUAUUAAUGCUACUAUCUACUAGAGAUUUGGACUUGGCUACUCUUUUACGACUACUAAUCUUAACUGAGAUGAUUCCAUCUUCGCUACUAGUAGCAUUGCAAACUGCUGAAUUGUUCCAAAUAAAGUAAUUUGCUGUCAGUACUCAGCAACUCAAUGCUUACUGAUGUUUUAUCUCCUUACCUUUUAAAGGCUGAAUUUGACAUGCUUUCUGAAGAUUUUUCCGAAUGUCUAAAUGACUUGGGCAUGCCAGGAUCUAUAUGUCAAACAGAAGAGCUUUGGGUUGACAAGUACAAACCACACUCGUUGGCUGAGCUUUCUGUUCACAAAAAAAAGGUCGAAGAUGUAAAGAAAUGGUUGGACGAAAAGCUGAGGGCACCAAAGGGAACAUUUGGAGGAUGGACUCUUGUCCUUACUGGCCAAGCUGGCGUCGGAAAAUCUGCAACUAUCAAAGCAAUUGCUGCUGAGCUUGGAGUUGAGAUAUGUGAGUGGACAGCCCCAGUACCGACACUAUGGACAGAACAUUUGCAUGCUAACUCAGGACUUGGGUAUAUAUCCAAGCUGGAAGAAUUUGAAAACUUUGUCGAGAAGAUACGGAAAUAUUCGUUGCUUUCUCCAACCAACUUUGGAUCGCAAAGAAAGCAUACUAUCAUCCUGAUUGAUGACAUCCCUGUAACAAGUGGAAAAGUUUCUUUUGCAAGAUUAGGAAAAUGUUUAACAGGUCUAAUUCAAAGUACUCAAGUACCGACUGUAAUUUCACUUACCCAAUAUCAUAAAAGUGAGAAUAACGAUACUGCAAUGUGGAACUCUGAGGACCUUGAGUCCUUACUUCAAAGUGCUGGUGCUCAUAAGAUUUCUUUCAAUCCAGUAACCGUAAAUUCUAUCAAGAAAAUUCUUGUUAGAAUAUGCAAACAAGAAGGCUCUGACUUAACUGACGAUUUGGUGCAUCAAAUAGCUACAUCCAGCGGAGGUGAUAUCAGACAUGCAAUAAUGUCUCUGCAGUACUACUGCCUAAAUCCAAGAAGGCUAAAUUCUGCAUUGGCAAGAACUGCCAUUCUGCCUGGUUUAAAGAGCGGUGGCUCUCUAGUUCCAGGGCAAGACAGUUAUGGUUGCAGCUCUGUAAUACCUACUGCAUGUGGAAGAGAUGAGACACUUACAUUAUUCCAUGCACUGGGGAAAUUUUUGCACAAUAAAAGAGAAACAUAUAGUGAAGUCGAUGUCGCUGUAGAUGUGGAUUCGUUUCCUAUGAAAGAAAAACUAAGAAGAAAUCCACUCAAAAUGGAUAUUCCAGAAAAGGUUCUGUCUCAAGCGCAUGGAAAAGUGCGGACAGUUGCUGACUUUCUGCAUGAAAAUGUUCUUGAUUUCAUUGACAAUGAUGCUAUUGAUGAUGCAUGGAGUGUGGCGUCAUAUUUGAGUGAGGCAGAUUGCCUUCUUGCUGGUAGUCCAAUUUCGUCAACCCGUUGGAUGGUAAAUGAAUCGUAUGAAGCGGAAAACAUGACACAACUUAUUGCUGCUUCCGUUGCAGCACGAGGAAUUCUUUUCGGAAAUGCACAUGUGUCAUCAUCAAGGUGGCAUACAAUCCGUAGCCCAAGAGUUUGGCAGAUUGAACAGUCAUUUCGAUCCAGAAAGGAUCUGAUUCUUAGAGAAAGAUACGAUUGUUCAAGUACAUCUGGUUCUCGCAAUUUCUCUGAUGUAGUCACAGAAUUCAAACCAUUUGAGAGAUGGAUUAGUCCUCAUAAUGAUAUGCCUAGAAGUAACUCCUUCAACCACAAUAUAGAAGCAAGCAGUUCUGAAGAAGAUGAAGAUGAGAUAGAAGAUUGGUGAAAGCGGUACAAUUAUGUACCCUUGCACCAGACCCUGGACGACUUUUGGAAAAUCUGGAUGCAUUGCUGCAUGCUGUAGAUCUGCCUAAACAGCUAACCCAGAAGUAGUUGGUCGCAUCAAUUCGUUUUUUGCAAGACUGCCAUUUUUGCGUACCGAACCGAAAAGGCAGCUUGAAAAUCAUAGUAUCAAUCGACAAUGGCUGCAAGUCUUCGUGAAGCAUGUUCAGCCUAUCAAACCUUUUUUGGGGAGUUACACUUCAAAUUCGACCCAUGAAGACUGGAGUUGGGCCUUGCCGACAGCCGACAGCGUCGUUCUUAUCAAAUGUGAUGAGCCUUUGGCUUUGCUGCUUCACAUGUUCAUAUCGAACCAAUUGUACCUAGAGUCUAGUUAGUAGUUAGUGUUCGGUAGCCAUAGGAAUCAUUUAGAAACUGUUCGGUGCAAAAGAAUUGGAAACACAUGUGCCAUGCAGGUUUGGCCUUUUGCU